AUGUCUACAGACACUCAGCUUCCUUCCAACGAUAUUAUUAGCGACAAAUCUAAGAGACAAGAAAAUACUCAUGGCCUACUUAGUCCAGAAGCAACACCGGCAGUUGAAGCUGGCCGAGUCAGAGCUGAUCAGGAUCGGAUAGCGAAUUUGCAGCAUCCUCAAAGUGGUGAAACAAGUGCCAGUGUCGCCCAUCAUGAAGAUGACACGAGACAGGUCGCGGAGAAGAUUAAACAUAUUCUGGGAUGCCCUUCAAGCGAGGCUGCCAGAAUGCUAGGGCUCAGCCAUCAGUCGUCCACUGAAGAUGCUCGGCGUGCUUGGAGGGACACGGGGUGCAUGUUGCGUCGCGCCGAACUGGAACAGCCUGAAGCAGAGGAGGCUCUCAGGAAACUAGAAGACGCUGCAGAGAAGCUAGGCGUGGACACAAUUAACGACAUCGAGCCGGUGAAGAAUUGGGAUUGGACGAAGGAGGCAGAGCCGGACUAUCCCGACUCCAGCGCAUCAGAUCAUUCUGGAGACGAAGCGGAUGAUGUCCGUAUGACUGUCGACGACGAGGAGAUUCCCAAACCGAGUGCACGCGUUCUCCAAGUCUAUAAAAAUGCAACGCCCAUUAUGAAGUCUCUAUUCCAGGAUCCUACCAACAAGGAACUCGAGCAGCAGAUCUACAAUCUCAAUCAGACGAUUGGAUCGGACAACAUCAAAGAAGAAGUACCAGAAGAUACUUGGAAAAUUCGCGUUGGGUUCUUUGCCCCUCAAUACAAACACAUUGAAGACUUCUACAAUCGCCUGAAGACAAACCCUGCUGACAGCGAUGCAAAAAAUGCCAUCGUCACAGUGGAAAAAUUGAUCGAUGACAUGAUUCAGAAACACCAUUUCCCACCGGAAUGGUCAGUCUGCCAGAUGCAGCAGAAGCCUGUUGUAGCAGAACAGACGGCGGAGGAGGAAUCCUUAUUUGUAGAAAGUGACGACUCUGCAGAAACCAAUACUAUUAAGUACCCCUGGCCUACAUUGGAUACGGCUGAUGGUGCUCGCAUCCUGGGAGUCCGGCCAAGAGGGAAAGUCGGCCUUCAGGUUUGCAUUGAGACAAGGAAGGACGGGCGAGUGGUCCGUCGUCUCAUGCCAGCCUCUCAAGUCCCUGAAGUCACACAGUACAUCAAGAAAGAUGGCUACAAGAAUCUUGCUGAGGGCCAGUCCACAUGGACCUACAAGCAACGAGGUGAUUUCGAAGAGCUUCUAUGGGUAACCGACCCGGCACAUCCCCGGUCUGACAAGCGGGAUCCUCCUGCGGAUUGCUGUGUCAGGUUUCGUGGGCAGGGCCUACAGAUUCUCACCAGAACGAGUCUGUUCAAAGUUCUCGGUGAAAAAAAAGCCAGAGCCGAGAUGGAGAGUGUUUGUGCUCGUGACGGUAUCCCGGCGCCGUGGCAGAUGAAGCCCCGGGAGCAGUCCGCGAUCAAGAAAGAAGACACCAACGUCGACAUGCACCACGUUCCGAAGUAUGGUGGCUACUCUCAGGACCAGUCGGACGUACUCUCUCAUAUGCAAGCCCGACUUGAAGAUAAUGAAAAGAAGACGUCAGAGGCAUUGGCUCAAAUGGAGGCUCGACUUGAAAGGAAUGACAAUACCAUGUCAAAGUUCCAGUCCACGCUCGACGCAAUCCUGGCCAAGUUGAAGGCUAUGUAA